AUGCAAACUUGCCACUCUGUCUGUGUUCCCGAGUUUAGUGUCGUUCAUCUGUAUUACACCACGCAGGUCUCGCAAAGGGAUUUGCACAUCUUCCUCAGGGUCUGUGGUGCCAAGCUGGCCUCCUGGACGGUGCCUCCUCUCACCUGCUCCUAUGCCCUGCCCCCUCCACAUGUAAACCAGCCACACAGCCCUACAUGUCAGCGGAGCGGCACACCGGGGCCAGAAGAGUUUGUGAGUGAGGUGGGGCUGGAGGCCUUGCUCAUCGACUGCUCCACUUCACACAGAGAUGUAGAGACCAUUACUGAUGUGUGUAACAGCACUGACUUGCCGGAGCUUGAGAUUAUCAGUUUGUUGGAGGAACAGUUGCCGGUGUACAAGUUGAGAGCUGACACCAUCUUUGGCUAUGACCAAGAUGACUGGAUUCACACUCCACUGGUGGAACCCAGCGCUUCCCUUGACCUGACCACAGAACAAAUAGAAGAGACUCUCAAAUAUUUCUUGCUGUGUGCAGACCGAGUGGGCCAGAUGACGAAGACCUACAGUGACAUUGACGCCGUCACUCGACUUCUGGAGGAGAAAGAGCGUGACUUAGAACUCGCCGCUCGCAUUGGCCAGUCGCUGCUGAAGAAAAACAAAGCCCUGAGUGAGAGGAACGAGCUGCUGGAAGAGCAAGUGGAGCACAUUCGAGAGGAAGUGUCUCAGCUGCGUCAUGACUUGUCCAUGAAAGAUGAGCUGCUUCAGUUUUACACGAGCGCUGCUGAAGAGAGUGAAGGAGAGUCCACCACCUCCACACCUGUCCGUCCUCCUGAAACUUCCGUCUCAACACCAACAGUAUUCCCCUUGGACUCACUGCAAAAGAAACUCAAGGAUCUGGAGGAAGAAAACGAAUCAUUGCGAUCUGAGGCAAGUCAUCUGGAAACUGAAACCAUUUGUUACGAGGAGAAGGAGCAGCAGUUGGUUAAUGAUUGUGUUAAGGAGCUUCGUGAUGCAAACCGGCAGCUUGGGUCACUUGCUGAAGAACUGGCCAGAAAGACGGAAGAUUCCAACAGGCAGCAGGAAGAAGUCACACACCUCCUGUCACAGAUUGUGGACCUGCAGAAAAAAGCCAAAGGGUUCGCUGUGGAGAACGAGGAGCUGACUCAGCACUUGGGGGCAGCGAAAGACGCCCAACGCCAGCUCACUGCUGAGCUGCAGGAAUUACAAGACAAGUAUGCAGAGUGUAUGGAGAUGCUGCAUGAAGCUCAAGAGGAACUUAAAAACUUCCGAAAUAAGACUCUACCACAGAGCACGCCCAGGCGCUACCACUCUCUCGGACUCUUCCCUUUGGACUCUUUGGCGGCAGAGAUAGAGGGAACCAUGAGAAAAGAGCUUCAGAACGACGAUCCAGAUGUAGAAGAGCAACGGCUGCAGCCAAAGCGAGUAUUUCAGACCGUGAAGAACAUGAACAUAAUCCGUCAGCAGCGAGCUUCGCAGUCUGCGUCCCCCAUGAACAUCCCCGGCUCCAACCAGACGUCCAGCUUCAACUCUGGACGCUCCAGCAAAGAGGGCACCCCGCGCUGUCUCUCUGCUUUAGGCAGUGACACAGGCAUUAUCCUGGACAGCAACAGGACCAGCAGCUUUCUGGAUCCUUCAGAUAAUGGAUCAGAGGACUCAAACAGGCGCCCUGCAGGGACACCGGGAACCCCAGGGAACAAGGACCUGGAAGCAGCUCUGCGUCGCUUGUCUCUUCGGCGCGACAACUACCUCUCUGAGAAACGCUUCUUUGAGGACGAGCGGGAGAGGAAACUGUCUUAUUUGGCCAAAGACGAAGAGAAGGGUGAUGGAGAAGGAAGUGGAGGUCCCGGGACCCCCACGGAGAGCCUGUUCUCACUCUGCACACAUCCGUCCAUUGGGAGCGUCUGGUCUGGAUACUCGUUCACGCCUAGAUCUUACCUUCCUGAGAAGCUGCAGAUUGUAAAGCCACUAGAAGGCUCUGCUACCCUCCAUGCCUGGCAGCAGCUGGCCCAGCCUCACUUGGGUGGUUUGUUGGACCAACGUCCAGGAGUGGUCACCAAGGGCUUCCGCACAUUAGAUCAUGAUCAUGAGCAGGACAGCUGGCAGCUGGACCAGCCUGAGGAGGAUGAAGUUUAUUGUGACUCUUUUAACUUGUCCAGAGACUGUUCUGCCAUGGAUCUGACGCACACUACCUCUUCAUCCUCUGCCUGCUGCAACCAAAAUAGAGCUAUUAAAGACCAUUUAGAAAUAAUACAAGACGCCCAAGCUGUGCACACGCCUCUCUCCUCUCCGUGCUCCAUGUCUUCCUCUGAAGUGAAUGGACACUUGGACCUGAUGGAGCUCCACGCUCUGCAGUCCGGUGCAGUGGGCCGUCAGCCUGCUAAUUUUCCAGGAAAGUGUAUGUCCCACACAAGCUCUACAUACACAGUCACCACCUGCAGGAUUCUGCACCCCUCUGAUCAGCUGACCUCUGUGUCACCCAGCCCCAGCACACAUUAUGGUGCAAGUGGCCCGUCCAUAGUGUCCUGUCAGAGCAGUGCUUGUCUUGGGACCCUCACCACAUCCUCUGUAGCUUUUUCGUCCCCACCCACACCCUCUUAUACCCCCAGCUGCACCCCACGACGUAUGUCUCUGGCUGAAUCCUCUACAAACCUGCGGGACUCAACCAGGACCACCAGUACCUCUUUAGGCCUGGUGCGCCUCUUACAGGAGAAUGGGAUCUCUGCCUCUGUGUAUGACCCUCACAGCUGGGACAGAGGCAUGGAUUCAAGUACAGCAUCCACCCCUACGACAGACACGGCACCUGUAAGACCAGAAGAAAGACCGUCCCUGAACCAUCCCAGCAGUUUGCAUCUCAUGCUCCCCAGCACACCACCAAACUCUCCUCGUUUCUGCUCAAAAUCUGUGUCUUUGUCCGGUAUAAGACCCAUGUUUCAGUUCAGUCCAUGCCAGGAAGAACCACCGUACUGCGACAUCUUCCUUGCCUCAAAACCAGCUCGUACAAUUUUAAGGGAAGUCAUGGGGGAGUCGGAGAGAGAGCGAGGGGCAGAGGCCGAUGAUGACAGCCAAAUGGAGACUACAAACUUGAGACUCGUUGACAAACUCAAAAGUUUCCGCACUCUCUCUGCCCACUCUGCUUCAUCUGGCAGUGCAGCAUUGCUUGUCCCAUUCAAUUCAACUGGUUUGGCCAAUAGUGCCCUGGUGGGGGGUCUGCCAGGGCUCAAUGCCGGACUGAGGAGGAACCGUAGCUAUCCUGCUUUGGUCGGGGCCAGUAUGGCUAUGAAAGAUCCAGGAGGCACCAUGGCUCAACCGGAUUGGGCGGAGGCCAUGAGUCCAGGCUGGGGUCAGGUCCAUGAGGCCCAUGAGUCCAGGUUGGGGAGGAGGUCCAUGACACCAGGUUGGGGAUGA